CGUUCUGUCGCUGCUGUGGAUGUUGGCUAAGAUAUGAGAAAAUGAUCGUGUUUCGUGGGCGUGCUCUUUGGAAUUAUAUCUCUCUUUUGGCAUUCAUGGUGCAUACGUCUCGAUGUUCUUAUCUGUAUGAUGAUUGCACUGUAAAGAAAGACAAUAAAGGAGUUGAGAUCAAAACCUUCAGGGACUCUCUCCAUAUGACCAUCGCAAGGAAAAAUGAAGACGACGAAGUUGUCAUAGAAAUUAAUGACAAAAAAAAGACUCUGAACAUACCGAAGAACAAGUGGACUGAAUGUCGAGUUUCAAGCAAUGAAGAGGUUGAAUGUCGUGAAGAGAUGUCCAACACUGCAGAGAAGAAUUCUGGCGGACUGUUGAAAAAGUUUACGAUUAAGAAUGCCGAAGUUCUUGCUAACUGUCCUCAAGGAUUGCCAAAUAAAGAGCUCACCUCAGACACCUCGAUCGACUUCCCUCGCUGGAAUUCCACCAGGGAACAUUUUGCCGUUAUUCCAGAAGAGAACCUGACUGUUAGUUUGACCAUAUUUGGAGAAAACCUUAAUCUUUGUUGGGAUGGAAAACAGACAGCGGUCAAGACGAACAAGGAAGACUGUCAAGCCUUGUCAGCUCACGAGGAGCACAAGAUCACACUGGAUUACGAGUCGCAGCAGAUCAAGAGAGCUGAUGGCCGCAUUCUCAGAACAGUAAAUAGUACCAAUGCAAAUAAAGAUGGCUUGAUGAAGAUGAAAUCUGACGGAGGCAAGGCCUGGGUUGUGCAGAUUCUGGGAGACUGGACUCAUCUUCAGGGCAGCCAAAAUGAGUGUAAAAGCAACUGUGGUGGAAACAACGCAAUCCUGUAUGUUUUUCUGACUUUCUUCAUUAUUACAACCAUUGCUUUAUUCUGUUACCUUCUGCGUAUAAGGAGAAACUCGUCCAGAAGUCGAGCUUAUCCUGCCUCUCAAGUGCUUGAACUGAAUACAGCCAAGGAGACCAUGACGGACGAAAAUCCUGGUAGCAUGGACUAUGGAGAAGAAACAAUUAAUGAUAUCUAUGAUUAUGAUGGUCAGUGAGACUAGAUGCUGUCUGACGAUAUACAAACAAAGGUAUUAGAUAUUAGGAAGGAAGUCAGGUCUUCCAAACUAGCAGUAUCCACUUGAUGAAUGGUGCCCUCAUCCAUAACAGACUGGGGUCGCCCUGUCGCAGGAUCCGUUUCCAUAGAUCUCCGAUCACACCAGACCGGCGAUGCCAAUGUUUAACAAAGUCAUAUGAUGGGGCAUCCUCUCCCUAAGUUGCCUUCAUUUCAUCUUUCAAGUAUAGAAAUAUGCUAUGAAUUAAGGACUGGACAUUAAAACAUAACCCAUAGAGAUAUGUAUCAUUAUGCAUGUGAAACAGGAUAAGCGGAAGGGGAUCAAGGGAAAUCUUUUGUAAGCGCCCCCCUGUAGUUUAUAUACAUAUAUAUGUGUGUAUGUGUGUGUAUGUAUAUAUAUACAUAUUCAUUUGCAUUUAUAUAUACACAAUGGGUGCGCUCUUAAAAGAUUUUCCUACAUAUAUGCAUGUGGAUACAUAUACAUAUCUUCAUAUACAUAUAUACGUAUUUAUAUGUAUAUUUUGUGUAUAUAUAUAUUUAUAUUUAUAUGUAUAUAUGUAUACAUGUACGUAUAUAUAUGUAUAUAUGUAUAUGUAUUGUGUAUACAUACAUAUAUAUAUAGAUAUAUAUGUAUAUAUAAACACAUAUCGUAUUAUUUAUUUCUACUUUUUAGUUGAUUUUAUUUUAUGUACUUUCAUAUAGUGUUUUAUUCAUACUUAUGUAUAAAGUGCCGCUUCUGCAUAUGUAGGCACAAGUAUUAAGUCAGAUUAGAAUAAAAGCGACUUUGUGAUUCGGCGUACCCGAGGGUUCGAGUGAUUUGCCAGAUGUUUACUGUCCUGAAAAUGGACUUAUAUCUCUAGGCCAGAUGGUUUUAGAGUCCAUGGUUUCAGGGGGUCUGUGAGGAUCUGAUAAAAAUUAGCAUUAAUAUUCGCUAUAGUAUUUUCAUAAGAAGGAGUGAUUUUUUUAGGAUCUUUACUUUAAAGUCCCUUACUACUUUGUAUAUCCCAUAUAUGCAUGAGACAGUCAAAUCGAAAUAAAUAAAGUGCAAUAUACACAUUGCAGGCAAAGUUUUGUUUAUAUGAACUAUAUUUCGGGAAGGGGAUCCAUAGCUUUCAUCACAUUCUUAAAGGUAAAGAUGUUAAGACCACUUCUCUAGGCUAAGAGGAAUAUACGUAUUUAUAUUAAUUAAUAUAAUUGUAAUAGUUUCGUUGAAGCCAUGAAUACACAGCAGUUCGUUGGGAUUCAUUUCUGAAUCAACAUUUUCAUUGAUUUUUAUUGGAAUGUUUCUUACCAGUCUUUGAUUUAAAGAAUUAUUCUACAUAUUGAAUUUAACCCAUUCGCCCCAGAUUUGUGUUCUGUCCCCAGUAGUUUUUUUGUGAAUUUUGUUACAUACAGAUGGCUCCACAUGUGCUCACCCGGCAAGGAGUCUAUCAGUAGGCCCUAGCUACUGACCCUGAUUUUCCCAUUCAUUAAAUUGGCGAGAAAAUUAAUACCAUUGCUAUCGAUACUGUUAUUAUUGUUAUUAAUAUUAUAAUUAUGGAAUUGUCAUUAGAAUAUUUUAAACAAUGAAAUGAUACAAAAAAAAACUUUCCUAGAGUGAAGAAAAAGGGUAAACAGGUGAAAUAGGUUGUUUCGAUAAACUGGUUAUUUGGUGAUUAAAAACUUGUGGAGCCAUCUAUGUGUAAAUACAAUAAAUAAACGUGUCCAUCUAUGUGUAAAUACAAUAAAUAAACGUGUAUCACAGUGGGCAUGGCAUCUAUUCUUGCCACGUGGGGCGGAUGGGUUAAGUUACCAGGAGGCUCGACAAACUAAACAUAGAUAUCUGUUGAUUGUAAGAACCAUUUAGUCAUUUUAUAUAUGAUACUUAUUUUCUGUGAAUCUCAUGGAUGCAAUGAAUUAAUGUGAAAUAAAUUAGGUUCAGAAA